CAUGACUCUAUAUAUCGCCCACAGCAUGUUUCUCACGGUCGUGUCGGUACUAAAUGUGAUACAAUUAGUCAGAGGUCAGACCAGCAUACCUGUGUAUGUCCAGAGUGACGCCUCUGUCACACUGACAUGUCCGGCUGAUGACCAGGCCACCACACUGACCUGGACCGGACCUGGGAGUAACCUAUACGUUACCGGUACCACAGUGGAGGCUGGUCUGAGUGACGGUAUUAAAUCACGGAUGUCUGUCGGUCACUCGGGAGGGAAUUACACACUGACGUUUACAGAGUUUCAGGUCAGGGACACGGGAAUAUUUACAUGUACAGUGGACGGGACAGUGGGUCUACGGAUGGUCAUUGUAGAAGGUGGGAGAUCAGCUUCCACAGUGUAUGUCAGACGAGGUGGGGCUAUAAUACUUAAUUGUCCAAAUACAGAUGGUACAGCGCAAUGGUCAGUUACAUCUCCUUCUGUCUUCAUUUACACUAUCGGAACAGACAUCAAUCCGUCAAUAUCUAAUUCUUUAAGAACCAGACUGACUGUUGAUAUACAUAACGGGACAUACAGCCUUGGAAUCAGUGAUGUACAGCUGUCAGAUGUCAGGGAGUACAGAUGUACCAUGGAAGUCACGGACUCAUUCUAUCAUCUACUACUGUACAUUCCACCAGUAUUUCCUGAAAUAGAGAACACAGUUGCCGUAAACUGUCAGAACAGGACAAUAGUAACAGAGGAUGGAAGUCUUACUUUAUCAUGUAACGCACGUGGCGGAUUCCCGGUGGCAAACGUGUCGUAGAUAAAAAAUAAUGUCUAUCUUGCUAUAGAUGACAGCAUAGCCAAGUACACAAAAGUGUUUACUCGAGCAGACGACAGGACAAUGUACAGAUGUCAGUCUAGUAGUCCAGCCCUGACAAGUCCCCAGACUACCAGUGUGUUAGUAUACCUAGAUUUAAAACCGGGAGAGCCAGAAAUCCCUGAACAGGUUUCCCAGAUAGAAAACAAGAACCUACAGGUAGUUUGUAUUUCAACUGGAAGUAGACCACCCGCCAACAUAUAGUGGAAUAUUGGGCGUAAAUGGCUAUCCUUCAAUUCUACUGAUGUCAUGGAACUUGACAGCUCAACAGAAACGUAUACUUUGACGUCGACAUUAUCCCUCCUUGUAACACGUCACAACAAUGGGGAAUCUGUGUACUGUAGAGCCAGUAACCGGGCCUUGCCUGCGGGGAUCGAGUCAGUUACCCGCACUUUAACAGUAUUGUACCGCGCUGACAUCAACGUUAGCGGUAAAAACACAACAUACACGUCAUCCAAGAGACUACUGACUUGCGCACCUGAUGGUAAUCCAAACAUCUACAAAUUCGGUAGAUGGAAACAUACAGCGGAGGACGGUUCAGAGAUACGUCAGUUGACCGGAAGUUCAAAUUCCACACACUCGGUCCUGACCCUGCCCGACCCCGGCGUACCACGACGAUAUGAGGAUACCGGUUACUACAUAUGCAUAGCCACUAACAAUGUCCCAGACUCGUCCUCCUCCACGUCUGGCUCUGUCUUCUUCGUCGUUGAAGCUCCUCCUUUGGUAAUAACCAACGCAACAGUGAUCAAUGAACAGUUAGGGAACAACGCCACUAUUGAGGUAGAGUUUUACAGUAGACCAACAGUACAUCUUAAUGACAUCAAGUGGACUAGAAAUCCUAACGGAUUACCUCCCCCUGUUAGAGCUCUAACGUCUAUAGUAGACAGGUCACUCUUAGUGGCUUUCCAUGGCGUAGACGUUCACGUCAAAGGCUAUGUGACUAUACUGAGAAUAAGUAUCCUAACAGAACUGGACUUUGGUGACUACACUGUGACAAUAAACAACAGCAUUGGGGUGACAAACCACACAGUGAAACUAUUAAAAGCAGGGCCUCCACCACCACCUCUCUACCUACUACAGAAACAAACAUCUGUUAGUAGUGUCACGGUGCAAUGGAUUCCAGCUUCAGAUGAUUAUCAGACACAGACCUUUGUGAUUGGCUAUAGAUCUGACGUUACCCAUGACUACACUGACUCUGACGUCAUUCCAGAUACACGGAAAUCAGUUGUGUCGUACACUAUAGAUGGAUUGACAGCGUCCUCCAUAUACUUUAUCCGAAUUUACGCGAAAAAUGAUAUCGGAUUGAGUAAUCAUAGAUAUAUCAACAUUUCAACAAACGCCGGUGACGACUGCUAUGAGGAUUUACAUUCCACCAGAACUGCACUGAUUUGCGUGUCCAUAAUCUGCGGUGCUGGGAUAGUAGUGGGGGUUGUUUUCGUCAUACUUAUAAAGAGACGGACAUCUUCAGGAUGCUGGUGUAAUAGUAAAACCCAUGGUUCACAUCAGAGGCAAGAAAUGACACAGAAAGCCGUUCAGAGAGACAACAGAGAGCCUGACUCUGUGGAGGAAAGCAAAACCCAUUACCAAGAGCUUGAUCCAAGUGAAAUUCAACACCAUUCUCCUUAUGCAAGUCUCUCUGAAGGUGACAUUGAUGCUCGUUUGGAACAUGAAAGGGACAACUACGAAACUCUCCAGGAAAGUUCUUCCAAACAAGUCUACGACGAACUAAAGAUAGAUGAUGGUUCAAAGCAGUAUCCAAAUACUUGACCGAAUAUACGCGAUGAGAUCAACCAAAAGCAGCUCGGGAUGAAGAAACACAUGUUGUGCAGAAAUAUCCAUUUAACUUAAAAGCACCGACGGACAUUAUAAUAUUUAGAAAUAUUAUAAUGCAAUAGAUGAACCAGAAAAAAUUGAAAUCGCAAUAGUUACUUACUCCAUUUAUUGAUUUAUUGAUUAUACUGAUAUUACAAAACUGACAAUGGUAAGAUGAAAAAACAUUGUUAUCAACAAUGCGCGUAUUAAUGUUUCGUACGGAGCGCCAUGCACCGGCCAACUUUUAAGUGAGAGAGAACAUUACAGUCUCAUUCCAGUCUUGUUCAACGAUUAAUUUUAAUCUUAUUAUUUUGAAUAGUUUAUCUUCAGGUUGGUUCCGUAUGCCUUAACAAGGUGCUAAAAUGUAGUGAGCAAACAUAUGCCGCAAUUUCCAAAUGUACUGUGAGGUGUUAUAGUGGCCAUCAAUUCUGAAAAAAAAAAUCUAAAUAUUUCGUAUGUAUCACAUUUAAGAAUGCAUUUAUAUGAUAAUGCACGCUAAUGUUUUAUGUAUUAUUCCAUUGUAUUUUCCGCUUUCUAAAAGUUGGGUUCAUAUUGUCAUUUGGUAAGAAAUGUCACUGGUAUUGAACUUUUCUUAAAGGUUUCAGAUUUGUAUCGGAAGUCUUACAUAUAGCUUACAUGGUGCUCAAAUAUAGGAAUUAUUUUAAAGCAUUGCGUAUCUGAUACAAAAAAGAUAUCUUAAGAUAAUAGGGUAUUUCAUAGCAAUCACACUAUUGAUAUACUUUGUUUAUGUUGAUACACUCGAUAAUUUUGUCGAAAAACAAAUGAAAUGAAAAAAACAGACGAUUACUUCUAUUUUUUUUUCAAAAAAAAAAAAAAAAAAAAAAAUUGAAAAAAGUGCAAUUAAAAAUGUCUGUGAUAAGAUCAUGUAUAGCUGUGUAGACAUUUGUAUAUGCAAAAGAAACAUACUUGAGUACAGUGUGUUCAAUAGAUUAUCUGAAUUAAAUACAUGCUAUAAUUUGA